CCCACAUGAGCCUCCCCCGGGAUGAGCUCCAAGGCCAAGCGGGUGCUGCCCACCCGCCCUGAGCCCCCCAGCGCCGAGCAGAUCCUGGCGGACGUGCAGGGCACGCUGCCCUCCGACCCCGUGUUCGUCCUGCCCGCCGAGCCCCCCCUGGACCCCCCGGGCCCCGCUCCAGGCUGCCCCGAGCCCGCGGCCGAGGAGCGGGAGCGGCUGUACCGGCAGAUCCGCUCCUACGUGGGGAUGAACCAGCGGCUGCAGCAGUCCCGGGAGCAGCUGCAGGAGCGGCGCCGGGAGCUGCAGAGGGUCGGGGAGGCGCUGGAGCGCGGCAUCGCUGAGAUGAGGCAGAAAGCGUUCUGAGGGACCGUGCUGGGCACCUCCACGCUGUGAUUUCACCUUCCCAACGCCGUUUGCAUCGCGAAAAUCCGGAUUUGGCAGCACAGCCCCGGCUGUGCCACCCCAGUGACCUUUUCCCAGGGAACAGC